AUGAUCAAGCUAGCCCUGCUCAUAUCUAGCCUGCUGGCCUGGACGACACUCGCUCGAGACGUUCCCAGUAACGUCAAGAGCCUCUAUGAUGAGAUCAAGUCGACAGGAAAGUGCAGCGACAGUCUUGCCUCGGGCUUCUAUAGCACCAGCGAUGGGGCCAAUUCAUGGACAUACUGCGGCGACCAUCUCGACAUGGAUGGCAUCAUUUAUAUCCAAGGCACCAACGGCCAGUUUACAAACAUGGACAUUGAUUGCGAUGGCAAGCAACACGGUCCCGGUAACGACGGGCGCUGUGGAUACUCGGCCGACACGCAAUCGCAGACUUCGUUUCAGGAAAUCGUUGCGGGCUAUGAAAGGGGGAUUAAUGAUCUCAAUCCAUAUGUUCAUCCGUAUGUUGUAUUUGGAAACGUCGGCACCAAAUCUGGAUACACCAACUUUGACCCUCAGAGCCAUGGGAUCGAGCCAUUGAGCCUGAUGGCGGUGGUAUGCAGUGAUAAAUUGAUAUAUGGUAUCUGGGGCGACGAGAACGGCGAUGACGGGGACCUGGCCUUGGUUGGCGAGGCGUCGAUUUCUCUGGCCACCGCGUGCUUUGGCGACGACAUGAACGGCAACAGCGGCCACGACGACAACGACGUCUUGUUUAUUGCCUUUACGGGAUCCGACGCCGUGCCGGGCGCCGACGGGGCCGACUGGGCAGCGCAGAGCUACGAUGACUUUGCCCAGAGCAUCGAGGCGCUCGGCGACAAACUGGUCGAGCGUAUCGGCGCGACCGGCAGAAAUGGAGGAUAUGAUUCGGGCACUGCGCCGUCGCAGACGAGUUCCAGUUCUGGCGCACGGCCGACUGCUCAUUCAGGCCUUUUGGGGGGCCCUCAUUUCGGUAAGCGUCUUCCGAUAGCCAUCGAGUAG